AUGCCCGCGACGCCGCGCUUUCUGGUGCGCCAAGACGACGCGUUUGUGUACAUCGACAUCCACGUGCCGUACCUUUCACUUUACUGCAAACCGUACCUGCUCAACCUCACGUUUCCGCUCGAGGUCGUCGACGACGACCGCGCCAAGGCCGUCUACGACAUCAACAAGGAGCACGGCACCAUUUUUGUACAUUUGCCAAAGGCGACGCCGGGCGCGCACUUUCCCGAUCUCGACCUUCUCACGACGCUUCUCCAGCAAAAGAAGUGGAAGCCCCAAGACGACGGCCUUCCCGAUGCGUUGCCCAAGCCGCCGCUGAUCGAGGUCGUCGCGUCGUCGUCAUCUUCGACAGCCGAGGAGAUCGAGACGACGAUGCCGGCGCCAGCACCGAUGGCGACCGACGCGAGCUUGCUCUCGUUUGAGACCAAAGCGCCGCCGAUCACGCUGCACAUUGGCCCGCCCUCGUACGGUUUUAACAACCGGUUUACCGACUUUUUCAAGGUGUGGCACGGCGAAGUGUCGGAAAUUCUCGCGCUGCCGCUGCCCGACACGACGCCCGCGAGCGACCGGUCAGUGCUUCAAGCCGCUAUGGAAGACAAGGAUUUUGACGUGGAGCGCUAUUUGAUUGACUUUGCCGGCGCGGACGAGGACGAGUACCUCGCGGAAGCCUUGCGGUUCGCGCCAUUUUGGGCCUCGCUGCCUGAAACCAAGCCGCCGUCGACGUCGUUGAUCCAGGACAUGGACAGUCUAUCGUUGGACCCGGUCUUUUCGUUUACGGAAGCCGAGCAAGAACUCUUGCGGCGCCUGCCACACCGCGAACACCUCCUCUCGCGCGAUGAGCAAGCCGUGCUCUUUGGUGGUCUCUGCGACCUCCUCGCGUCGUAUGCGUACGACUUGCGCUCGACGACGGGUGACGCGACGGUCGAGUCGGCGUGGACCAUCAUGAUCAACAGCGCGACGCUGGCGUGGCUCAACCCCAGUGCCGACCUCGAUCUCGUGGCCAAGACGAGCCUCCGGCGCAUGCUCACGUACCCGUUACUGCGCCAGCACUCGCUUGCGCUGCGCGUGCUAGAUGACGUGCACGACAUUCUCGCCCGCGGCAAGCGCGUGGUGCUGCGCUGCUUGCUGCAAAUUUUUGACAUUUUGGCCAAGUCGGACCAGCACUACCUGCUCAAUACGCUCUUCCUCGACGAUUACUGUGUAUGGAUCCAGCGCCAGAGCGACACGGCGCUCUUGGACCUCGCACAACGCCACAAGGCCGCGACGCACAAGCUGCGCGCCGACAAGGACACAUGCGGCUGGGCGCUCAAACACAUGGAAGCCAUGCUCACGGCCGCCACGAGCGACGACGAUAGCAGCAGUGAGGACGACGACGAGAGCAGCGACGACGAGAGUAGUGACGACGAAGCGUCCUAA